GGAUCAUUAAUUUAAUGAUGAUUCCAAUACCAAUACAUAGUAGCUUCUUUUAAAAAUAGUUGCCAUAGUAACAUUCCAUGACAGUUAAAUUCAGUUAAUUGCAUCAGUUAAAGUUAGUACAACACAGAAGAAACUUGAAGCAAGCCAUUCAUUUUGUGAUCCUCUGUAGAAAGCAUUGUCUUUUCACUCUGUUUCAACAUAUUCAUCGUGGUGUGGAAUAAAGCAGCAUUCUCCCACAAGCCUACGUGUUGGAAAGAGUUUACCUAUCUGUCUAACUUUGGGAAGAGAGACGCCAUUGUGAGGGCAGAAUAGUGAAAAGACAGACUCAACAGUGAUUACAACAACAGUGAAUGAACUUCCCUUCUUCUCAAACAAUCUACAGUAAAAUGCUAUCAAAGGAAAAUGUGAGCCUUACAUCCAGGUCAGUGUGUUCACAUUCACACAAAUCAUCCAGAUCAACACAUUCAAGAAGAUCAGCAGCCAGUCUUGUAGCAAUAGAGGCUCGAGCUAAAGCUGAAGCUGCCCGUGCAAGAGCAGCAUAUGCGCAAAGAGAGAUUGAACUCAAAGUAAAGAAAGCCCAACUGCAGGUAGAAGAGACAAGCUUAGAGGCUACAUUAGAAGCACUCCAACAAGAAAAAGAGGCAGAAGCUGCCUUAGCUGAAGCUACAGCUUUUGAAGCCAUAGUUGAUGGAGCUGACAUAGAAGAGUCAUCUGAAAAUGAAUGUAAACAAAAGAGCUCAUCUCUCUACUCACUUAAGCGAAUUGACGAAUAUGUUCAGGAUCAAAAUGCAUACAAAAACAAGCAUCAUCAAGCUUCAAAACAUACAGUCACACCACUAAUUCAGUCAGCUGACAGAGAGCAACAAAAUGCUCUUCCAUCUCAUAGGCAGUCUAUUCAAUAUUCCCAAGAAACACCUCAGCAUGUCAGUUCAUACAGUGAGCCACUCUUUCAGUCACAGGACCAACAUGACAGCUUUCAACCUAUCAGAGUACCUGAAAAAGAAGCAAAUAGUCAAAAUACAAUACCUCAUUACUCUCAGCCAACAAAUUGCAGUACCUCAAACAGGUAUUACUCACCUAAUGUGGGAAAUGAGCCACAUGCUGCAAAACGUGAAAACUCAGAGAUAUUUAACUUAGCCAAGUUCCUAGCACGCAGAGACCUGCUCACUGCUGGUCUUAUAAAGUUUGACGACAAGCCUGAGAAUUACUUGGCAUGGAAAUCAACAUUCUCAAAUGCAAUAGAAGACCUUGACUUAAAACCUUGCGAAGAGCUUGACUUACUAACUAAGUGGCUUGUUCCAGAAUCAGUUGAACACGCUCGUCGAAUAAGGUCAGUUCAUAUUAACUAUCCUGCCGUCGGACUCAGUAGGAUUUGGGAAAGACUGGAGGAGUGCUACGGCUCUGCUGAAGCUAUAGAGUCAGCACUCCUAUGUAAUGACUGAGGCAAAUCAGACACAAUUAUUGGUUAGUUAACCAAUAGUUUUAAGCUCACUCUGGAGUC